UGGGCUGCUGUCCCACGGGAUUUUUCUGCUCGACAUGCAUGUAAUAUGCGGAUUUAUAAAUACAGCUUACCAAGAGCCAAUCUGGAUAUAGAGGCAAUGCGUCGCGCUGGCGCAUUACUUGUUGGGACACAUGAUUUUAGGAACUUCUGUCAGCUAAUAUUUCAGGUCGAUAUGAAUGAGAAGCGUGUCACCAUGUCUUUCGUAAGAGAACUGUUCGAAGUCAGGAUAGAGUUAAUUAGGCAACUCGUAUCUGAAUUGCUCGAUGUUGAAAAGAAUCCAUGUCGUCCGCAUUAUGCUUUAGCUGUUGCAACUCCUCUUUGCCUCUAUGAAUGCAGAUUUUCAAACAAAGUGAGUGGCACAGUUACUGUGGAAGAAUUGUUGUUUUCUCACCACUUCUUAAGAGCAAGACUUAUCGAAAAUAUGGUUGAUGCGUUAACGGAUACACCGUUUGGUACUGGUAUUGAUCUAAAUAAAGGUCUACACGAGUUUACACAGAACUCAUUUCAGGAUCGACCCUUACCUGUACGUUACGUGAAAUUCGCUGACAGGAAAACGUGCGAUAGCCUCGAACAAAAACGUGAGAAACUUGAGAGGAAAAAGCAAGCAAUGAACUCCUCAGGUUGA